GGCCGUGACUAGAAAACAAAUUCCUUUAAUAGAGUGGGUGGUGAGCCAACCUUACGGGAAGGGAAGGGGCGCGAUUUAUGAGGCCUAAGGAGCGUUUGAGUUUAAGGAAGUAGGGUGGACUUGUUUUUGGAGUGAGUAAUGGGCUAAUACGUGAGCACCCUGCCUUCUGCUCUGAACGCGAUGGUUUUCUAGGGCACCAGAUGGCAGCUGACCGUUUUAGUCACUAGGCCGAGCUCAGCCUUGCUAAAGCGCGGGGCUACGAGAAACGUGUUGCGUGUGUAGCUGUGCAACGAGGCUACCAAAUCAGAGGCGCCUUGCCUGCGGAGACACGGGUGCCCCGUGGUGUUUCGGUGGGAGGCUUGGUCGAGUCCCAGCCCUGCGCGUAGGCGCCAGGAGGCUGCUUCUUUGCCCCGCGUGAAAGCCAGGGAGCCCCUGCUUGGGGAGCGCGUGCCCCUCAGGUGCGCCCUCCUCGCGCCCAGGGUGCCGAGCCCAGCAGCAGGCGCCAGGCGGGCUCGCUCAUCCCUUGGUGGAUGCCAGCCCUUUCCGCACCCACGGCGCUGGCGCCUUCCCCUCCACGGGCACUCAGUGAUGCCCGCUGAGCGGGGAGGGGUGACCCCACUGCACUGAGCGACCCCCUCAGCACCUGACCGGCAGGCCACAGGAUGGCAAGUACCGGAGUCUGCGCUACACUAAGACUCCCUGUGCCACGUGGCUCUGUGGGGGCUGUGAGGGGUCUUGCAGCUGAGCGCGGUGCGUAGAGACACCGCCCGCCCGCAGCCGCUGGACUUCUGCGCAUGCGCACACCGACCCUCUCGAGCCCAUGAGGUGGUGGCGGCGUUAUUCUAAGCUCCGAUUGGCGGCUAGAGUAUCCCCCCCACCCCGGGUUGAUAGGGUGGGGGUUAGGGUUGGUGCUCUCGGAUUGGAGUUCCGGCGGAGGCGGAAGUGACGGCACGACGCAGCGCGGCGGACAGGAGACGUUUUCGGUGUGCGUCGGGGCUGCUACGGAGCGGGUGAGAGAGGCGGGGAGCGAGUGGCGGGACUCGGGCGCGGCCCCUCCCCCCUCUUGGCCUUGGCCUUGGCCUUGGCCUUGGCCUUUCCCGGGCCGGAGGGCUCCUGGGGGGUGGCCCUGGCCCUGGCCGUCGGGGCUCAGGCUUGUGUAAGCCCCCCGCCCGGGUGAAGGAGCCUGGCCAACGCCUUGCAGCAGCCUCGCUUCUUCCUCGGGCUCCAGGGUCUUUCCUGUCCCCCCGGGUUUGCGUAAUCCUCACCUCGGACGGGUCCGGCUGGGGGGCGUCUCCUCCUUCGCGUUCACGGGGACCAGCCCCAGGGGAGCCGCUUGUGCUGGGUGUCGCUGGGCCCUGUUAGUAUCUGUCUGCGUCUGUCCCCGCAUCGCGGGAGCGCUGGGGCGAGCCGUGCAGGGCGCUGAGGAAGCCGAGCACAUUGGCACGUUGAUCACGUGCCAGAAACAUGGCUACAGACUGGCUUGGAAGCAUUGUGUCAAUUAACUGUGGAGAAAGCCUGGGAGUCUAUCAAGGACGAGUGUCAGCUGUGGAUCAGGUCAGCCAGACCAUUUCCCUGACUCGGCCUUUCCAUAAUGGGGUCAAGUGCCUUGUGCCAGAGGUCACCUUCAGGGCAGGUGAUAUUACAGAGCUAAAAAUUCUGGAGAUUCCAGGUCCUGGAGAGAUCAGGCAGUAUGGGGAUCUGCAGCAGACUGAACUGGGUAUCCCUGGAGUUGGAUGCCAAGUGGGUACCAAUCAGAAUGGCACCGGCAAAAUGCUGAAGAAGCCCACUGCUUCCAGCAGUGCCCCACAGAACAUCCCAAGGAGAACAGACAUGAAGAAUCAAGAUGUCGUCAUCUCCCCACAACAGCAGCAGUGCUCCAAGAGCUACAUGGACCGACAUGUGGAAUCCUUGAAUGCGUCCAAAGGCUUCCGUCGGAGACAUAACUCCUGGUCAUCCAGUAGCCGUCAUCCAAACCAGGUGACUCCCAAGAAGAGUGGCCUGAAGAAUGGGCAGAUGAAGACCAAAGACGAUGAGUGUUUUGGGGAUGACAUUGAAGAACUCCCUGACACUGACUUUGAUUUUGAAGGGAAUCUGGCACUUUUUGACAAGGCAGCCGUGUUUGAGGAGAUCGACACGUAUGAGAGGAGGAGUGGCACUCGCUCCCGCAGCACCCCAAAUGAGAAGCCAGCUCGCUACCGGCAUGAUGAGAAUAUCCUGGAAUCAGAGCCCAUUGUCUACAGACGGAUCAUCGUACCCCAAAACAAUAGCAAAGAGUUCUGCACUGACUCUGGGCUGGUUGUUCCAAGCGUGUCAUACGAAUUGCACAAAAAGCUGCUUUCAGUUGCUGAGAAGCAUGGGCUGACGCUGGAGCGGAGGUUGGAGAUGACGGGGGUCUGUGCCAGCCAGAUGGCACUGAGUCUACUGGGAGGACCCAACAGACUGAAUCCUAAAAAUGUUCACCAGCGACCCACAGUAGCUUUGCUGUGCGGUCCCCACGUGAAGGGGGCCCAGGGAAUCAGUUGUGGGCGACAUCUUUCCAACCACGAUGUUCACAUCAUCCUUUUCCUGCCCAACUUUGUCAAGAUGCUGGAACCCAUCACCAAUGAGCUGAACCUCUUCAGCAAGACACAAGGCCAGCAGGUUUCCAGUGUCAAAGAUCUCCCCGAUACCCCUGUUGACUUGGUGAUAAACUGCCUGGAUUGUCAUGAAAAUGCCUUUCUGAGAGAUCAGCCAUGGUACAAAGCAGCUGUGGACUGGGCUAACAAGAACCGAGCACCCGUCCUCAGUAUAGACCCUCCCAUAUGUGAAAUGGAGCAGGGCAUCGAUGCCAAGUGGUCUCUUGCCUUGGGCUUGCCCCUGCCUCUAGGCGAAAGGGCAGGCCGGGUGUACCUGUGUGACAUCGGCAUCCCACAAAAAGUCUUUCAGGAAGUGGGAAUCAACUACCACUCGCCCUUUGGCUGCAAAUUUGUCAUCCCCUUGCACUCAACCUAGAGCUGAUCCCACAAGGCAGCUCAGAGAGAAGAGGUGGGGGUAGAGCCCCAUCGAACAAGCUGUCUGAUGGAUCCUGACUAGCAAACUCUUGACGCCUUAAGGAUGUGAAGUUCUGGGGUGGGGGGAACGGACUUUUCUUUUUCCUUCCAGAAGAAACAUACGUAUUAAACACAAAGUGAAGGGAGCAAAAUGUUCCUGCAAGAUGCUUUCACUCUCUCAUGCCAUUGUAUGAAAGAACAUGCAGGAAGCUGGUGUCUUUUUGGCUGGGGAAGGCAGCACUGGCUGGCACCUAGUCACCAGCCAAAGGUCUGUUGACGAGGGAGGAAGGUUUUGUUUGCUGAUGCAAGUGGCUGUCAGCUAGUAUGGAGAGUUACAAGAUAAUGAGAAUGAUCUGGGGUUCAGUUCAUUAGGGAGAACCCUUUCUGCCCAGCUUGGGGGCCCCUUUGGGGAGCAGCAUCCCAUAAUCAUGUAGAAAUGUCUGUUACUCUUUUUUUUCCUUUUAUUUUGAUUAUUUUUUUCCUCCAUGAAAACAAUAGGAGCUAAGAUUCUGCCUUCUAGAGCUACUGAGCCUGUAAAGAUUGAGGCUCUGCCUUUUGAGAGCUGGUAUAAAGAGUCCCAGGCUCUUCCCAGCACCUGUAUUGGCUACUUGGCAAUCCUGUGCCAGUACUUGCUUAUUGCCCUCUGGCAUUUGUUUCUUGGGUGUUUGGUUUUUUGUUUGGAUUCUUUUUUUGCUUGCUUUGUGAAUGAUGCCCAUGUCUUGGGGAAGGAGGUGUAUUUACUAUGUUGGCCCUUCUGCCAGAAAAAGCCUUUUGGAAAGGAACUUUUCCAAGGUGGAUAUUUCCCCCACCUCCAGCAGGGUGAGUAAUCUCAGUGAUUUGAGUGUGCCAGGGCACAGGCUGAUAGAAUUAUGCUAAUUUUAAUACCCAGUGUUUUGGCACGGGGGUUGUUUGGACAUGUUACUGUGCCCAGUGCCCGUGUAUGGUAGCGACACCAGCCUGCUCACUCCCCUCUUCCCCCUUCCCCCUCCCAGCUAGCAAAUGGCUUGUGAAGAACAUCAUUGUUCCAUGUCCUUUGAGAGCAAAGUCCAUGUGAAGGGGGGGUUAUUCCCUUACAUGUAUGCUUAACACCAGGUUUUUAAAAGUAUUUAGAUACUUUGCUCCCAUUGAAGAUGGUAUUUUUAAAUACCUUUAAAAAUCUGGCCUUCAGUUUAGGUUGGGAUCUUACUUGGAAUGGAAAUUGUAAGGCAUUUGCCUGCCCUGAUGAGGCAGGCUGUAAAAGCAGAGUCAAAUGCAGUGCAUAUAAAUAUACAAACAGGGGAAGGCACUGCAUCACAUGCCCACACUGCUCGAGUGGGGGAAGGCUCCAGCUGAUUCUUAGCAGGGACAGAGAUUCCUCCCCAUGUAUCCUCACUAUGGCUAGAACUGCCUAGCCAUGUGGUCUCCUGGGCUUGUGUGAAUGUAGUGUUAAAUGUGCACUGUUUAUACCAAGCAAGUGGCUUUGUCAUGCUGUCUGCAGAGGUAUUUACUGUGGUGCUCCUUGCACAGCCACUCUGGUCUCUACAGCUAGUGCAUCUUGUUCUUGAGCAGGAAGGUGAGAGGUUUUCACCUGAAAUCCUGUCCUGGGUCUGAUCCUUUUUGGCAUUUUCUAGCUGGUUUUGUGCUGCACUGAUUUUUGGUUUGUUUGUUUGGGUUUUUUUUUCCACUCCCCACCCCCUCACUCCCCUUCCCCUUUUUGUGCUGCCAGGAAAGUGUUUUGUGCUCACUACACUGCUGAGAGCAUCCUGGGGCAGUGCCUAGAGCCGAAGGGAUCUGACAAGCCUUUGGGCCGACUUCUUCAGUCCAUCCUGCUGGACCUCUUUCUAGUUUCUAAAGGUGCCAAUCCUAUCUCUGUCUAACAAGGAGAAACAUUUAAACCUGCCUGGAGUCUUUCAGAAAAAGCUUCAUUCGGGCUUCCCACCUUUUCUAUAAAGGAACAAGGCAGAGACGUGGAAGCAGGGUGAGGAGUAGCUCUUGUGGGGGUGGGGUGCUUUUUCAAGCACUGCAGCUACUCAGACUUCUCCCCUGCUGUUUAAUUCUCCCCUGAGCAUAGGCAGUGCUCAAAAGUUUGGCCUUUGAUCUGUGGCUAGGCCUGCACUGGAAGCAGCCAGGUCCUGGCAACCAGGCUAGCUUCAGGCAGUGUUAUUGUGGAGAAUUCCAAGCUUUGUUUGGUGCCUUUCCCAGGGGAGCAUGGUUUCCUCUGAAGCAUAGGGCAGCUAUUCUCUAUGAAAGGAGGAAACGUCUUGCUAAGCUAUUUGGGAACUGCACUUUUGAAGAGGAGCAGCUUUUUUAAAGCACCCUGUUUAACCACAAAUUUUGUCUGGGUGCAUGGGGUUUGCAUUGUGAUGCUUGGACAAGGCAGGCACUUGGAUCCAACCCUGUCACUGCUCACACCGACUUAGGAAGCUGUCACUGAACAAAGGCGGAGUACAUUGAAUGGACCGAGCAAGGUGAAAAAUGAAGGGGUUGGGAAGAGGCUUCCUGUAUCAAAGGGAAGUAGGCUUUGUUUCCUUGAGCAGUGUUCAGCAUGACCUGCAAAUGGGGAAAGUACACUGCAAAGUAAUGUGUCUAGCACUGCUGACCUGUACCCCUGGAAAAAUAAUCACUGGUUUCUUCAUAAUAUACAGUAUGCCAAUGUUGGGCAAGGGCAUUGGGAGGCACCCCUGCUCUUCCCAAAUGUACUCUUGCAGUAAUUACUGUCCUUGCAGGACUCUGCUCUGUAAGGCUUCAGUUAAAGGACCUUCCAUGUCCCAUGGCAUGGAACGCACUGUAUCUACCUCAGGAGAAUGAGGGCUAUGCCCAGCUGGUUUUGGGACCCAUGGUUCCAGCAAGUUUUAUCUCAAACCUGAGCUGGAACCGUGGACACCGGCUUGUGUGUCAUGGCCUUUUAGUGCUAACAGUGAGACUAUCAAUGACCAAGUUCUUCAGUAAUAAUCUGACUGGGUGUCUUUUUGCAUCCUGUUUUUUAUUUGCUUCCUCCUCUAAAACAAGCACCACAGAGCAAGGCCCAGAGCACCUGCCUAAUUGCAUUUGAGGCUGGUGAGACCGUCAUGACUAGCAGCAGCACAGUGAUGGGUUGUACCAUUUAAAAAGUACAAGUCAAGGCUUUCCUCUGCCUUCCCUUGGCAUUAAAAUGCUGCAGCAGCAAAGCCCUUUUUCAAAGGGGCAGAGGAUGAAAAGACUGAAUAAAUGAGAUGAAAAUUUUUCAAAUAGCCAAUCAUGGCAGUAGCAUUGCCUUAAUUCUGCUACAUCACUCUUCUUUCCAAGAUCUGUCUCUGAACCAGUCCAGAGUUGGUUAUACAACUAACUAGUACUCUGGACAAUUUGAACGGGCUCUAACUCUAUAGUGUUGAAGCUCUUGGCCACUGCCACACACUUAUACUGGCUAAGAUCCCCUUUUUUGCCACAGUGUGGUUCUGGGAAUUGUUUGAAGUUUGUUAAAACUGGUUAGUGUUAACACAAAAGGAGAUCUUGAACAUCUGCUGCAGUAGUAAGGGAAAGGAUCCCUUCUAAGGAAUGAUCAGUUGGAGCACUGUUUGACUAGCUCACUGCUCCUCUGUACCAGAACUACAGCACUUUGAUAUAAGGCUUUUGCAGUCUUAAUUAAAGCUUUAUAAUUCAUUCACACCAAGAGUAGACUGUAUUCAUCUUUCCUCUGAGAGGUUUGAUUAUUGACAGAGGAACUAAGGCACUGGUCUCUUCCUGCUGCAGCUUAUUGCAGAUGUACAUUAUGUCUUGCAAGCUGAAGGAGGUGUAUGUUGCUGUUGCAUCUACUACAUCCAGUGGGAAGGGUGCAUCCUCCCCUCCCCUCCCCUCCCACUUGUCAGCAAUCUUUACUAAUAAAGCCUACAGUUUAUUGUGGUGAAGGAUGUUAAUUAGGUUUUUGUAUUGCCAUGGCUAGGUUUUUACCACCCUCACAAGGGCAGUGGCAGCCACCGGCUCACUUCUAGAAAGCAGAGGAACAGUUGUUACUGAGUUCAGUUCUGCAUCACUCUUCCUUGAAGCUUGUUAUGAAACAAUGUGAUUAGUAUUCUUUUCUCAAAAGCAAUGGAGGAACUCUUGUCUCUUGUCACUGACUGAGUAAAGGUAAAUGCACAACUGUAAUCAGUCAAUGUCAUUCAUGGAAAACUGUUUUGUAAUGACUAAUUCAUGCAGCUAUUGGGGAAACACCAGCCCUGAAAUAAAGCGCAGCUGUUCA